AUGGCGGAGUCGAGCGACGAGGAGUUCGCAGUCGACCAGGCGCGCGUGAGCGAGGUUGGGCUCGACGAUGACGGGGAGGCCAUCAGGCGGUCCCGCAUUAGUUGCGCCAACGAGUCGCUGGGUCGCGUGGCUGAUCUGCUCUCGGCGACGCGGCCAGGGAUGCGGCUGUCCGUGCGCCCUGUUCGUGGAGACGGGCUGUGCUUUUUCCGCGCUGCGGCUGCCGAGCUGGGACUUCCAGGCCGCGCGGCUUGGAAGCUGUACAGAUGGACGCUGGUGAAGAUGAUGAAGCAGCGGAACCAGCAAUUGUUCGAGGCGCUGCAGCUGGACGAGUACGCCGUGGAGAGGAGGGCCCGCCUGCAGCAGGAGUUGCCAGCGCAGGUGGCCAGUGGCGUCGCGUGGGGCAGUCUCCCCAACUGGAAGGUGUUCUACGUGGACAUAUGCAUGGGCCUCCAUUCGGAGGACGUGUCGGCAACGCGCCGAUAUGCAGACGCUGUUGUGAUCACGCACUUCCUGGAGGCUUGUGGCGCUCUCGCUCUGUACGUGCCAUUCAACGCGUGGAGCCAGGCGGCCAUCUUCCCGGACCAGGGGUUGCUGCAGGGACGUGCGCAAAUCCCAGUGCUCGAUUUUGCUUUUGUCCACUAUGACGUCGACGGGUAUUCACACUACGAUGCGGUGGACGUGGCGACGUCAGGAGCUAACGCUCCGCGACCGUGGGAGCCGUCGACCGCGUGCCGGGGGAAGUUCAGCGACCCGUCGUGUUUCGCUGACGUGGAUGCGCUAUUCGGCGAGGAGGACGUGGCGGCUUUCUGUCAUCAGGCGUCCGGGCGCUUGCAGUUCACUGAGAGGGAGUGCGGCGGGCGCGAGUUCCGGCAGCAACGCGCGCCCGCAGGGCGUCUCCGACCGCAGGGGGAACGCGAAGAGCAUGCCGCUGCAGCCGCGGAGGCCCCCGAGUCUGACUCCGACGCCGACCGGGAGUCAUCGCCCUCAGAGCCGGCGUCGGACUCCAAGUCCGAGCUGUCGGAGGCCCCUGCCGGGUCAGAGCAGUCCGACGUUGACCACUUGGCCUGCGGCGCCGACGUGGCGCACACGACGCUGGACGUCGCCCACGAAGCAGCUCGGGCUUUCUCUGCAUUUCUCCGGCAGGACCCGACGCUUCCUCCGCCGUUCGACCCGUCGGACGCCGCAGACAACAUCCAGGAGGUAAUGGACGGAUUGCAGUGGCCGAUCUGCAACUGCGCCGUUCGGCAGUGCCGCUGGACCGGGGAGACGGAAGGGGAUUUGCGGCGCCACGUAAUCAGCUGCCACCAGGCCUGCCUCCCAGCAGCGUGGAGGCAGGGGUGGAACAAGAGACUCGCUGACAGCGCCGACGAUGUCGGCGUCCAUGCCGAGGUGCUGGAGGAGCAGGAAGCGUGGAUCUGGUCCAUCUACUGCCAGGCGGUGGAGGUCCGGGCGCGCACUGGCAUGCCAGCUCUCGGCAUUUGCAGAGACCGGCGGGCAAUUCGCACCAUGAGGCAAGUGGCGAACGAUGCUUGUUUGUCGUCGCUGGUGUGCUUCUGCUGCGGUCAGAUCUACACGAGUGUCGAGGACCCCGAGUCCGCUGGAGUCAGUGAGAUUGGAUGGACGCCACUGCGCGGGCUCUUGCGCAGUUGUCCGCGUGAGCUCCUGGAGUACGCCUUCGGCUUGGACGCGUUCCUGGCGCACUUCCCGCACCCUGCUCCGGACCACCGCGGGACGCGGUCGCACCACUAUCCGACGCAGACAACCGCGUCUUCGCCGUGGGUGCGAACGGUGCGGUGGAAUGGUCCGAACGGAAGCCAGAACUCCAUGCGCUUCCUGUGCUGCCCGGAAGACGUGGUGUGCGACCGUCAGCAUGGAGUUGUUGAUGAGCUGUGCGAGUCGUGCCGCAUACCUCUGUGCUGGCAGUGCCGCGGCAUUUUCGCGAAGACGCGAACGGUGCGGGAGCGAAUCCCGCGUCCCGCCAUCGCCAACGACAACUUUGUCGGGUUCGUGUCGGCAUGGUGGGAGAAGCACAAGCCCCGGUGGAUCGAGAUGGCCGCGGCCACGCCAGUGUGGACGAGUUUGAUGGCGUUCUACGUCGAGGGCGAUAAGGGCCACCUCAUGAACAAUCAGGCGAGCUGCGCGAAGUAG